AUGCUUUCUGCAAACUCCAAUUUCAGAUAUGCUGUUAAAAACUGUCUGCUUUUCAUCACCCUUGUGUUGAUUGAAACGUCUGAUGAUGGGUUUGCUGCUGGAAGGGAACUUAGUUUGCAGGACUCUGAUGAUGCUUCAACACAUUUGAACUUUUUCCGGGCUGCUUCGAGAGGGCGGCAAAGGGUGCUGUCAUGUGCCAGAGACGCUAAAAUUUGCUUGGAUCGUGAGAAGAAUCCUUGGGGUGGCAGCACCUGUUGUUUUCAACAGUUUUGCAGGGACACACUGAGGGAUUCCAAUAACUGUGGAGCAUGUGGUCAGGCAUGUGCUUAUGGACUCGUUUGCUGUGAUGGAAAGUGUGUUGGUGUUCAGAAUGAUCCUCACAAUUGUGGUUCUUGCUUUCAGGAGUGUCCUGGACAGUAA